AGGGUGCUCCGUUUUCUGAAUGUUUUGAGAGAGAGAGAGAGAUAGAGAGGAGAAAAUUGCGAGGGCGCAGAGCAUGAGAAUCGCCAAAUCUCUCGUCCUCAUCUUCCCUUGCCCAUUUCGUCUUCGUCUUCGCAAACUCUCAGAGAGAGAGAGAGAGUGACUGUAUUGCUCUGUUACUACUGCUGCUGGAGAGCAGAAGCUUGGAGAUAGAAGAAGCAAAUGGCGCCCAGAAGGAGAUCACGGAAGCCGGGGCUGACUAGAAUGGACGCCGCGGUUGAUGCGAUGCUGCCGUUUGGCUUCUCUGAUAAUCUGGUUCAGAGAAAGGUCAAAGAACUUCUCAAGGAGUAUGGUGGGGAUGAAGGGUGGCCUUUUAUUGAAGCUGAUGCAUACAAGAUUCUCAUUGAUGCAAUUCUUGAUGAACAAGAGGGUGAAGCUGAACCAGACAAAUGCAGCCAAGGGGAAAAUAUUUGCCUGGAUGAGCCAUUGCAGGUUGAGAGAAUUGGAGAUUGCUCUGUAGCAGCUGAAGCUGGGCCCUCGAGUUUAGUCCUCCCUAUCUGCUCCAACGUUGCAGGCGCCACUGUACAAACUAUUGAAACAGACAGGGAACAUGCUCAGCCAGCUGAAGGAGAUGGAGAAAGGCGAGAAGCCAAUGCCUUGGACCAAGGAGGCAGUUUGAUGGAUGAGGACAAUGACAAUAGCACUGGUUAUGAUAAUUUUGAAAGCCAGAUGCAGCUUGACAAUGCUCGCCUCCAAUCUCCUCCAUCUGCAUCUUGCUCCAUACCAGCAACCGAUAAUCUCCUGACUGUAAUGCGCAAACCUCUAUAUGGAUGGAUUGGCAGUGACGAAGAGGAAGAUUUCAUAGAAUUAACCCCGGCUCUAAGGAAGGUAUCAUUCGAGUCAGCAGGAAGGGUGGUUGUUAACGGGAGCCGAACUGGGAGUGACAAGCAGCAGCUCAAGAGAAAAUCAAGGUGGGAUGUGAGGCCUAAAGAUACGUAACCUUCCUUUUUGACUCUCCUCUCUGGUGUAUGCGUCAGCUGGAUAAAGGGAACCCUUGCAUUUGUGGAUUACAGGUUUCUAUUUUGAGGUGGGGAGUAGGAAAUAUGUCGUUCCCAUUUACAAGGAAAUUGAUAACAUUGUAAGCUCCCCUGCCCUAGGUAAAGAAGUUAAAAAGGUUUUAUUAGCGUUCCGUGGGGGGGGCUGUUGCAUCAAUCAUGGUCUAGUGCCCAUACUAACUCGCUUUUAGGCAGUUCUAAAAGCACAGGUGACCUUGUUUGUAGGGCAGUGAUAUUUGAUUUUACAAAGUAGUUUGAAGUGGUAAUUCUAUUACUAUAUGUCCUUAAAAACAUUAAUCCAACAACCUUCUUGUUUGUAUGGGUCGAAAAUGUUUCUGACUUCAGUUGACUAAGACAAGCUUUUGCUUUAAAUGA